CAACCCAUCCCGCACCAUCUGAGGAUUGCUUAGGAAGGCAAUAAUUCUUAUUGUCGAGCUAGGCAAGAUGCAGAUCUUCGUCAAGACCCUUACGGGGAAGACCAUCACCCUUGAGGUGGAGUCUUCCGACACCAUCGACAACGUCAAGUCCAAGAUCCAGGACAAGGAGGGCAUUCCCCCCGACCAGCAGCGACUUAUCUUUGCUGGCAAGCAGCUCGAGGAUGGCCGCACCCUGAGCGACUACAACAUCCAGAAGGAGAGCACCCUCCACCUGGUCCUCCGCCUGCGUGGUGGUGCCAAGAAGCGCAAGAAGAAGGUCUACACCACCCCCAAGAAGAUCAAGCACAAGCGCAAGAAGACCAAGUUGGCUGUGCUCAAGUACUACAAGGUCGACUCUGAUGGCAAGAUCGAGCGACUUCGACGCGAGUGCCCCAGCGACACUUGCGGCGCUGGUGUCUUCAUGGCUGCCAUGCAGGACCGUCAGUACUGUGGUCGUUGCCACCUGACCUACGUCUUCGACAAGCAAUAAAUGCAUGACCAAGGGAUUUGAAUUGGGAUUGAUGACGGAACGGAUUGGGUGCCAAAAAUGGGCGUUGAAGGCUGUAGCAUAGAGCACAUCCAGUUUCUGAGAUAAUGCAUGCUUGAUUGAGACGACAACAAC